AUGGGGCUGCCCAAGACCCUCCUCAUCCUCUCCUGCCUGUGCCUCGGCCUAGGUUCUGGCCAGUAUGCUCCAGACCUCAUCACCUCCUUGCCUGGCCUCUCUACUCAGCUCAACUUCCUACAAUGGUCCGGCUACCUCCAGGCUGGGGAGGGCAAGUACUUUCACUACUGGUUUGUGGAAUCCCAAGGGAACCCUGCAUCUGACCCCCUGGUGCUCUGGCUGAAUGGCGGUCCCGGCUGUAGCUCCAUGGAGGGAAUUCUGGCAGAGAAUGGGCCCUACCGGAUGAAUGCUGAUGGAACACUCUACAUGAACCCACACAGCUGGAACCUGGUGGCCAAUGUCUUGUACCUGGAGUCCCCUGCUGGAGUGGGUUACUCCUAUUCUCUCAGUCAGAACUACCAGACCAAUGAUCAGGAGGUGGCUGCUGACAACUACCAGGCGCUGUUGAGCUUCUUUGAAAAGUUCCCCACAUUUGCCAACCAUGACUUCUAUGUCUUCGGAGAAAGCUAUGGGGGUGUGUACGUCCCCUCCCUGAGUGCACAGAUUGUCCAGGGUUCAUUUGCCACCAACUUCAAGGGCUUUGGAGUGGGAAAUGGAAUGAGCAACUACCAACUGAACGACAAUACUCUGAUAGAAUUCGGUUACUACCAUGGACUCUUCGGUGAUGACCUUUGGGCCUCCCUCAAAACCUACUGCUGCUCUGAGGGCACCUGCAACUUCUUCAACAAUGAGGAGGACAAUUGCUACAGUGCGGUCUUGGAAGCUUAUGGCAUGAUUCAGGGUAUUGGCCUCAACAUCUAUAACCUCUACUCACCCUGCUGGGGGGCACAUGGCUACCAGGGGCGUUAUACUGCUGACAUGAGCAACCUUUUCCGAACAUACCAGUUCAAUGUGGUCACCCCGCCUCCGGAUGGUCCCAUCCCUGGGGUGCCUGAGUGCAUCAAUGCCACUGCCAUGUACGUGUGGCUGAACCGCAACGAUGUGAGGCAGGCCCUCCACAUCCCUGACUCCCUCCCUGCCUGGGAACUGUGCAGUUCCCAGGUUAGCUCUCAGUACCAGAGGCAGUACACGGACAUGGCUCCUUUCUACCAAGACCUGCUGCAGUACGACAUCCGUGCCCUUGUCUACAAUGGGGACACCGACAUGGCUUGCAACUUCCUGGGCGGGGAGAGGUUUGUGGAGGCCCUGAAGCAGCCGAUGGUGAGCUCCUACCAACCCUGGUACUGGAACAACCAGGUGGCUGGCUUCUUUAAAGACUACAAGAAGAUCUCGUUCCUUACAGUCAAGGGCUCAGGACACAUGGUGCCCCAAUAUCGACCUGCCCAGGCUCUGAAGAUGUUUGAGAACUUCUUGAAGAACACCUCGUUCUAA